UCGGGGCGCCCCAGCGGCCACGGGAUUAACGCUUGGGGGUGGGGCGGUCCAGCCUGCGCCACCUGCUGCGACCAUGGCCGCCGGCCUCGCGCCCCUGGGCGAGCGCGCCCGCGCGCAAAAGCUGAACCUGGACAAGAUGGAGCGGAUGGUCGUGAGCAUGCAGGACCCCGAUCAGGGCGUGAAGAUGCGAAGCCAGCGGCUGCUCGUCAGCGUCAUCCCUCACGCCGUGACGGGUGGCGACGUGGUGCAAUGGCUGACCCAGAAAUUCUGCAUCUCGGACGAGGAAGCGCUGCACCUGGGCACGCUGCUGGUGCAGCACGGGUACCUGUAUCCGCUGCGGGACCUCCACAGUCUGGUGCUACGGCCCGACGAUACACCCUACAGGUUUCAGACGCCCUACUUCUGGGCAAGCACUGUGUGGCCAGCUGCUGAGCUGGACUAUGCCAUCUACCUGACCAAGAAGCACAUCCACAAACAGGGCACCCUGAGGGACCACGAGAAGGAGCACUAUGACCAACUGCGUCACAAGAUUGGCCAUACCUGGGACCUGGUGCUCAUGCAAGCCAGGGAGCAGCUGAGGGCUGCCAGGCAGCGCCGUCGAGCGGACAGGCUGGUCAUUGCUUGCCAGGAGCAGACCUACUGGCUGGUGAACCGGCCCCCGCCAGGGGUCCCUCAUGUGCUGGAGCAGGGUCCAGAGAGGAGCUUGUGUGCCCCGAGCCGCCUGCACACGUGCAAGAGCCUGCAGUUCUACAAGUGGGAGAUCGAGUACGCCAGGAGAGCGCUGGGCAGGAACCCACUCAAGUCCUCCGACUGCCUUGAGGCGUACCUCAAGUUCAGUGGUCAGCGUGGGUCCCACGACCCCAUUCUGUCCGGAUGCCUGCCCAGCAACCCCUGGAUCACAGACGACCAGUCCUAUUGGGCUGUGAACGCGCCCAUGGUGCCCAUGCCCACGCGCCUUCGUGUGGAGCGCUGGGCCUUAAGCUUCCGCGAGCUCCUGGACGACCCUGUGGGCCGGGCGCACUUCCUGGACUUCCUGGAGAAAGAGUUCAGUGCCGAGAACCUCAGCUUUUGGGAAGCCUGUGAGGAGCUGCGUUAUGGAGGGCAGGCCCAGGUCCCCGCCCUGGUGGACACCGUGUAUCAGCAGUUCCUGGCCCCCGGGGCUGCCCGCUGGGUCAACAUCGACAGCCGCACGAUGGAGUGCACCCUGGCGGGCCUGAGCCAGCCACACCGCUACGUGCUGGACGACGCGCAGCUGCACAUCUACACGCUCAUGAAGAAGGACUCCUACCCGAGGUUCCUAAAGUCGGACCUGUACAAGGGCCUGCUGGCCGAGGCUGCGGUCCCUGCUGAGACCAAGAGGCGGGUGUUCCUGUUCCUGCGGAAGCCAUGGCACCCCAGCCCCCGCCCCGCACUCCUUCCAGUUCCUGGGGAGCCCACCGCUGGCCACCAGGAGGCUUAA